AUGCGGCUGGAGAGGAGCGACAAGCCGGCCACAACCAAUGACGACGGUGUCAUCCAGGUGACUGAGGAGAGCUCCGUGCAGCUCCGGUUUUACGGGGUGCAGCUCCACUCGGGCACCUGGACGCAAAUCCGCUUCACGGAGCUGGCGGACGGCGGCGGGGGGGACGAAGGGGAGGAAGAGGAGGAGGCGAGGACUUGUGCCGAUUUCACGAAGGACAUCAGCGUCGGGACCUUCAUGAACGUCAGCAGUCGCGGCACGUCGGGGCUGCUGACCGUGCACAUCAAGCCGCUCCGCAAGAGCGAGCCGCACAAGGAGUACGCGCUGUGCACGCUGGACGCGGCGGGGGGCGGCUGGGUGCAGCUGGGGGACAGUGAUGGCAGGGUGCUGGUGGUGGAGGAGAAGAAGUCCCUGCUGCCCAUGUGGCUGCAGGUCAUCCUAAUCUCCUGCCUGCUGGUGCUCUCCGGGAUGUUCAGCGGCCUGAACCUGGGGCUGAUGGCUCUGGACCCCAUGGAGCUCCGCAUCGUGCAGAGCUGUGGCACCGACAAGGAGAAGAAAUACGCCAGAAAAAUCGAGCCCAUCCGCAGCAAAGGGAACUACCUCCUCUGCUCUCUGCUCCUGGGGAACGUGUUGGUGAACACCACCCUCACCAUCCUCCUGGAUGACCUGAUCGGGUCGGGUCUGGGCGCCGUGGUGGCCUCCACCAUCGGGAUCGUGAUCUUUGGAGAGAUCGUCCCGCAGGCGCUGUGCUCCCGCCACGGACUGGCCGUCGGAGCCAACACCAUCCUGGUGACCAAGCUGUUCAUGUUCCUCACCUUCCCGGUGUCCUUCCCCGUCAGCAAGCUGCUGGACGUCCUGCUGGGCCAGGAGAUCGGCACCGUGUACAACAGGGAGAAGCUGGUGGAGAUGCUCAAAGUGACGGAGCCCUACAACGACCUGGUCAAAGAGGAGCUCAACAUGAUCCAGGGCGCCCUGGAGCUCAGGACCAAAACCGUCGAGGACGUGAUGACGCCGCUGGGCAACUGCUUCAUGAUCCAGGCGGACGCGGUGCUGGACUUCAACACCAUGUCCGAGAUCAUGGAGAGCGGAUACACGCGGAUCCCCGUGUACGACGACGAGAGGUCCAACAUCGUGGACAUCUUGUACGUCAAGGAUCUGGCCUUUGUGGACCCGGACGACUGCACCACCCUGAAGACCAUCACCAAGUUCUACAACCACCCGGUGCACUUUGUGUUUCAUGACACCAAGCUGGACGCCAUGCUGGAGGAGUUCAAGAAAGGUAAAUCCCACCUGGCCAUCGUCCAGAAAGUAAACAACGAGGGGGAGGGGGAUCCUUUCUACGAGGUGCUGGGGUUGGUCACGCUGGAGGACGUCAUUGAGGAGAUCAUCAAGUCGGAGAUCCUGGAUGAAUCCGACCUUUACACUGACAACAGGAACAGGAAAAAGGUCGACCCCAAUAAAAACAAGCCCGACUUCUCCGCCUUCAAGCACGACGCUGACAGCAAAGUGAAGAUCUCUCCUCAGCUCAUGCUGGCGGCUCAUCGCUUCCUGGCUACAGAGGUGAGCCUGUUCAGCCCGUUCCAGAUCACAGAGAAGGUCUUACUGAGGGUCCUCAGACACCCCGACGUCAUCCAGGAGCUCAAGUUCAACGACAGCGACAAACGCUCGCCGCAACACUUCCUGUACCAGCGAGGCAAACCUGUCGACUACUUCGUCCUCAUUCUGCAGGGCCGAGUGGAGGUGGAAGCUGGAAAUGAAAACAUGAAGUUUGAAACUGGCCCGUUCUCCUACUAUGGAGUCAUGGCUCUCAGCUCGCCCCCAGAGUUUCGUUCUCCGUCACACGGGGGCAACCUUAACCGCUCGGCGUCCCUGAGCUGCACUGAGCGCGCUCCAGAAAGCGGCUCCGUUGGCGGCAGCAUCAAUCAGAUCCCAGGCACCCCCUUCCAGUACAUACCGGACUUCUGUGUACGAGCCCUCACAGACCUGCAGUUUGUCAAGAUCACUCGUGCUCAGUACCAGAACGGUCUCCUGGCGUCCAAGCUGGACAGCACGCCACAGUCUCCAGAGGGCAGCCACACUCGCCUGGACACGUCUGUCUCUUUGCCCCCCGUGACGCCACCCGGGAUCCGCAAUCCACUGCCGCUGGCCACACCUCCCGCAGGGCGCCAGUCGUCUAAUGCUCAGUCGACAACGGCGGGCGGCCGUACCGCUCUGCCCCAGACCGCCUCCUCCUCCAGCCGCAGACCGAGUCAGUCUCUGCCCCAGGCCACGCCCCCUCCGAGCAACCACACACCCCUGUCCCAUACCCCUCCGUCCUCCAUGAAUACAGGGACAUGCACCUUUAACCCCCACCCGACUCAGACCUCCUCCAAGUCCCAGCAGUCCCCGUCCUCUGCUGGGCCGGAGAACGGGCCAGGAGAGACCACCACUCUGCUCAGUGAGCAGCAGAACUGCGUGGGCCCUCGCAGGCCCAGCUACACCCAGGCACACCCCCACCCCCACGUUCACACCAUCAGUCACGCACACACUGAAAGCACCAUCUAACUACCGUCCCCGCGGGGAAA